UCUGCAGAGUUUUAUAUAAGAAAAUCUUUUGCUUUCAUUAACAAAGCUUUACAAGUCAGUAAACAAUAGAUUAAAGUUGCACAGACUCAGAGAGAGCUAGAGAGAGAAAGGGUAAGAGAGAGAGUGAGAGUUGAGCGAUUCUUUCUUCUGCUUGCAUAGAUGUUACAUAAACAAGCGGUGGAAAUAUAUAUAAUCUGGGCAUUUGAGAUCAGAUCGAACCUCCAACUUGUUCAUCUUUCAGUACGCACUUCACAUUGUAUUCCAACGAUCGAGCUUUCUCAUCAUCCAGAGUCGACCCAAGAUCGCAUGCUUGGACUUAAAUCUCAACCUUUGAUUUGAUCUUGCUUCUCCAGGUUAGAUAAAAUCCAAUGGAUGACAAUAACCCGCCUCGGGCGUUACGUAACCACCACGGCAGUUCGUCGUCGUCUUCGUCGUCAUCGUCCGAGUCGUCCGACCAUCGCGGAGCGUGUCACAUGUCAUCCGCGGGACACACCACUACAGCCACGCGGAAGAGCCGGUACGCCGUGGACGACGCCGCGGGGGACCGGAUCGAGUGCACGGGGAGCUACUGCAAGUCGUGCUGCGGUGCGUUGAUCGCGGACUGCGUGGCGCUCUGCUGCUGCCCCUGCGCGGUGGUGAACUUUCUGACCCUGGCGUUCGUUAAAGUGCCGUGGAUGGUGGGGAGGAAGUGUUUGGGACUGGGGAAGAGGAAGGGGCAAAAGCGGGAAAACAAGAGGAGAAAAUGCAAGGAGGGUGGGAGCAGUAAAAGAGGGAUUGAGUGGGUGGUGGAGAGAGGGGAGGAGGAGGGGAAAAUACCUGAGGUUUCACGGCGCGGCGGGUACGGCGAGGAGGAAACGGAGUGUGGCGGGGCGAGGCUGGAGGCGGAGAGGGUGUGGCUAGAGUUGUACCAGAUUGGACAUCUGGGCUUUGGGAGAGUUUCCUUUACUGGUACUCAAUCUCUGGGUAAUAAGGGGCAAUUAGGGAACGUAAAUUAAUUGUAUACGAUUAUUGUUUGUGUAAUGUAAUUUAAUUUGUAUUCAAUUUUGCUAUCUGUUUAAUAGUUUCUUAUUCACAUAAGAGAAAUGAUUUACGCACUCUUAUUUUCUCGUUCAGUACUCAAGUCUUUUGUUAGCUUUACAAGUGAAUAUAUCACAGGGGAAUUAAUAGGCUAAAACAACAAAUGAGCAGGAGGAGAAGAAACUGCAAGUGUGAAAAUCACUAGCUCGUACAGAAACGCCAACUUUGAAUAUGCCGCAGUUUUCUCUAAUGUUCAUAAUUUAAGAACUUUCUUGUUUCAAUUUUGCCAAUAUGUAAUUUUCAUGGUGUUUACGUUUAAAUUAUCAUAUUUACCUUGAAAUGGACAAGAGAUUUUCAGUGUUACCAGUACACAAUCCAAUAUAAUACAAAUGGUUGAUUUU